UUUCAGUUAUUCGCGAUGACGGACGUGGAACUGGAAACACGUAAUUUUUUACGUGAACUUGACACAUUCGGACAGCCACCGCCACCACAACGUCUUAUUAGUGAUGCUGACAGCAAAACGAUGAGCAAAGAAUUUGAAUUAAAAUUGCAUCACAUUAAUUUAGAAAAACAAAAGCAUGUACAAAAUGGUACAUGGAAUUCAAAACCAGGAACAUCUUUCAGCAGCAAAAGUUCUACUAGCAGAAAUAGUAACGGUAACCCAUGCUCACCUGCUGAAAGUAAUAACGAAAAUAAAAUGAGUAAAAGAGAAAUUGGUAAACUUAAGGAACAGGUAGUGUCAGCCAGUCGUCCACUAAAUCCAUGGUACGAACAUCAACACCAGUCACCAACCUUAUCUGCAAAUUUUGUCCGGAACACUUUCCGGAAAGACCUGAGUGAUGAGGAAAAACAUUCGUCAGCGGUUGUUAGGAAAACUCCAAUACAGUAUCAUCAUACCAAUGUGGCUACUGUAUCCGGCGAAAAUACCGUAUUUGGCGUAGUGAAUACGAAAAAAUUGAAUUGUGCCCAGAAUAUAGCUUCCAUAAGUCCGACAAGUGCUUCCAGUAACACGGAAACUUCACACUCAUCGAUUUCGACAGGUGGAUUCAGCAUGAAAUCAGUUAAUGAGUCAAGUAUUGAUCGAAAUGAAAGGUUAUUGAUGAACGGAAAUACUGCAAAGAAAGGCAUAAAUGACGUACAUUUGAACGCUAAUCAUCAGCUUCCUUCGACAAAUGUCCCUAACAAAUAUGAUGACAAACAGCCGAAAAGCAAUGCCACCGUGAUACCACCGUGGCGAAAAAAGAGUAUGGAUUCGGUAACAUCCACGGAUUCAGGCAUAUCCGUACAGCGCAAAAAGUAUGAUGAAAUAACGAACAACUUGGAAAAACAACUGAAUCUGAAUCGGAAACCGAUCGGUAUCUGUGAAUUGUGUGGAAAAGCCAUAUUGGAAGAAAUGGAUGCCACUUGCGCACUUGGGCAACUGUAUCACCAGAACUGCUUUACUUGUGAUAUGUGUGGACGAACUUUACGAGGAAAAAGAUUCUAUAAAGCUCGAGGGAAAAAGUACUGUGAAGAAGAUUACUUGUACAGUGGGAUGCAUGAGACAGCAGAACGAUGCGCUGCGUGCUCACACUUUAUUAUGGAUAUGGUUCUACAAGCACUUGGAAAAUCCUAUCAUCCACGAUGUUUCCGUUGCGAGAAAUGCAAAAGUUGCUUGGACGGUGUUCCGUUUGCUUUAGAUCCGGAAGGUCAUGUGUACUGUACCGAAGAUUAUCAUAGGCUUUUUGCACCGAAAUGUGCUGCAUGUCUUCAAGCAAUUAUGCCUAAUAAAGAAACCGGAGAGACAGUUCACGUUGUUGCAAUCAAUCGAGAUUAUCAUAUUGAAUGCUAUGUUUGCAAGGGCUGUGGCAUGCAGCUAACAGAUGAACCGGAAAAACGCUGCUAUCCUCUAAAUGAUCAUCUUCUAUGUAAAAGCUGUCAUAUACAUUGGGUACGAACCGGUGGCGAUUCAAAACCGAUCACUGAUUUGUGAAAUACAUUGGAAAUUUUGAUCUGCAUAUUUUGAAGAGGAUGAAUGCUGUUUCGUUGUUGAUGUUCAUAUUGUUGAGAGGUUUUACAGCUUUCAAGGCUUGCAAAUCUGUGGACAGUCAAUAUCCUUAAUUACUACGUAUGGUCCUAAAAUUCCAUCCAGUCAUGACGAAAAUUACUUUCACUGGCGUUAAAACAAAAUAAAAAUUAAAAUUUAACCUUGCAUUAUUGUUUCUUCAAAUUCAUGGCAAAUUCGAAACUAUGCACGUAUUAUUGUUCACUACAAGUGAAUACUUUUUAAGUAUUGUGAAUGCGUUCAAAUUUGUCACUUAUAUUCGG